AUGCACCCCCGCUUUGACGUCCCCCUUCCUCCCCUGUACUCUGGUUCUCGCCCGCUGCAGCCAUACCCUGCCGAUCUUGUGCCCGUGCCAUCGCCGCUCCGCCCACAUGUUCUUGCCCGACAACGUCUCCGUCUGUGGCGUCCCCCGACCUCGCAGCUACCCCCUGUCGCGUCUGGCUCGGAUGACCUCCUCUCCCCGGCCGACGUUCGCCGCAUCGAGGACGUCCUAUCGUUUGCGUGGGCAGCGUCUACCUCGGAGACUUAUGGUACCGGUCUUCUCAUAUUCCAUGUGGUCUGCGAUCGCAAGCAGAUCUCGGAGGCCGAGCGGGCGCCAGCGCACCCUGCCGUUGUGCUCGCAUUCCUUGCCACUGUGUCUGGCGCUUACUCUGGGGGCACCAUCCGGAACUACUACUACGGGUUGCGCGCAUGGCACAUCCUUCAUGGGUGUCCCUGGCUCCUUCCCCACGAUGUUGCCGACUCCAUGCUGUCAGCGGCCGACCGGCUCUCCCCCCCGGCCUCUCGGCUCGGCAAGCGCCCGCCAUACACUGUGGAUAUCUUGCUUGCGCUGCGUGGGCAAUUGUCGCUUCUGCAGCCGCUCGACGCUGCGGUUUGGGCCUGUCUGACGUCUGCUUUCUAUGCUGUUGCUCGCGUCGGCGAGCUCACGGUCCGAACACUUGACGGCUUCGACCCGACUCGUCAUGUCAAGCGCUCCGACGUCCGCACGGAGCGGGAUCGCAACCAUCUUGAGGAGACAGUCCUGUUCAUUCCCUCUACCAAGGCGGCCCCUGUGGCCGGGGAGGAUAUUUUCUGGGCGGUGCAACUUGGCCCCACUGACCCGUCUGCGGCCCUCGCGUCCCAUCUUCUCAUCAAUGACCUCCCGCUCGAUGCUCCGCUUUUCGCUUUUCGCCAUGCAAAGGGUGUGCGUCCCCUAACUCGUCGCGCCUUCAUUGCGCGCCUCACCUCUGCUGCCCGGGCUGCGGGUAUUGAUCCCAUUCAGGGACAUGGUAUACGCGUUGGUGGCACGCUGGAGUACCUCCUUCGUGGUGUACCCUUCGAUGUCGUCAAAUCGAAGGGGCGCUGGGCGGGUGAUUCCUUCUCUAUUUACCUUCGCAAGCAUGCGCAGGUCAUGGCGCCCUACAUGCAAGCUGUGCCCGACCUUCGCGAUGGCCUGGUGCGCUAUUCCAUGCCGCCGGUGCGCUAA